AUGGCCCUGGCGGCCUUCCUGGCUGAGCUGCGCACAGAGGCUCGCUGCCCCUUGUGCCAGGCUUUCCUGCAGGAGCCUGUGACCCUGGAAUGUGGCCACAACUACUGUGGCUCAUGCCUGCAGCAACGCUGGGAGCACUUGCAGGACAUCCUGCCAUGCCCCAUGUGCCUGCACCCCUGCACAGAUGGGCACCCCCAGAAGAACAGGCAGCUGGGGCACAUGGCUGACCUGGUCCAGGAGAUUCUGUGCAUGAGGGUGAAGAAUAGUGAGGAGGAGCAGGAAGAGGAAGAAGGCAGAGGCCACUGUGAAAGGCACCAGCAAGUUUUGAAACUUUUCUGCGAGGACGACCUGGAGCUGCUGUGUGGCCAGUGUGCUGCCUCCCCUAACCACCAGGCCCAUGUCCUGACACCCAUCGAAGAAGCCGCUGCACAUCACAGGCAGAGGCUCAAGAGCUGCCUGGAGCAUCUGAGGAAGCAGCUUCAGGAAGCAGAAAGGGCCUUGGAAAGGCAGGUAUCCGAAAGCGAAGAGUUGAGAGAGAUGUUGGCGGAGGAGAUGAAUGACUUUGCUUUGGAAUCUAAAGAAUUCAAGUGUUUCCUGGAAGAUGAGCAGAAAAUCAUCGAGAACAAGGUCCUAAGGGAAUUAGAGGAAGUGUCCCGGAAUGUCCUCAAGGGCCAGCGAAAAUUGUCUGAGCAGGCCUCCACCCUGAAGACACUGCUGAUUGACAUCAGGUGGCUGCAACUACAAACUGACCUGGGCCUCCUGCAGGGCAUCAGGUUUGUGCAUUGGCAGUGGAAAAAGUGUGGCCGCGUGGAGCUCCCAGAAUCCUUGACCCAUGAGCCCAUGGAGCAGAUCCGCACGUUCCCUCCACACUACGCUGGCCUGCACAACCUCAAGAGCAAGUUUCAGAGGGACCUGAUCCUGGACCCUGAAACCACUCACCCCAACCUCAUCGUCUCCGAGGACCAGUCAAAGGUGUAUGUUUUUGAUAAAAGCGUUGGAGAAUCCACGGCUGCCCCGCACCCCAAGGCCUUCACAUUUCAUCAAGCCGUCCUUGGGGCUGAGCCCAUAGAACGGGGUCGGCACUUCUGGGAGAUAGCAUUCCAAGGCUCAGUGAUCUGGUCCAUAGGGGUGUGCAAGGAAUCGUUUCCCCGAAAUUCUCAGGUCCCUCCGUCCCCGGCCAAUGGCUGCUGGCAGUUCAAACUGCUCCCGGGCAUUCACCUGGAUGAACGGUCAGAACAAAACCAUGUCGGCCUCUUCCUGGACUAUGAGUUGGGAGAAGUUUCUUUUUACAAUAUGGAUUAUCAAUGCCACUUGUGCACACUCUAUGGCAGCUUUACAGGAAAGCUCCUGUUCUAUUUAUGUAUUGAGCCCUCCUCCUUACCAUUGCCAUGA